ACAAGCAAAAACGAGCGCUACAGCGUCAAAGAAUUGCUGACUGAUCUUAGCGGAUGCCAAGCAUCUUUGGUUUUUGCAUUGGUGGACCAGAAUUUCGGUGGAAUUCUGCUGGAGGGUCUGAACUCACGACCCACCGAAUUCACAAAUCUGGUUCUUCUCAGUGCCACAAGGCAGGCAAGUGCAACGCAAACGGAACAGACGGUAGUGGAACGACCCGUCUCUGAGUUUUUUUAUCCUCGUCAUCACGCCUACCGGCUGGGGCACUAUGAACUUUAUGGAGUGGAAGAUCUUCUAACUUACGUGGUGGAGAAUCUGCCACUAUCCCAAAUGUUAGUUGGAGACAUUGAAAAGGUUAGAAUAUUUAUACUUUAA